AUGACUGAUAUGGACAUUCCUCAAGACUACAAAACUUCAUUGCCUCCAAGAAAGAGAGCUAAAACUAAAGAAGAAAAAGAACAACGUCGUAUUGAACGUAUCUUAAGAAACAGAAAAGCUGCUCAUGCCUCUAGAGAAAAAAAGAGAAAACAUGUUGAGUUCUUGGAAUCAUAUGUGUUGGAUUUGGAAAAACAAUUACAUCUAUACAAAGAUUUGAACACCAAUUUGAUGGAUUAUUAUACUGGCGGUAAUGGUGCUGUUGACAAUAUGGUUGAAAAAGUUCAAAAUUUACCAGAUUUGAAAAAGAUGAGACAAGACCACCUUUCUGAGAUUGAUGUUGAAGACCAUUGUGAUUCAAUGACUCUACCAAAAACUCCAGAAUCAUUCACAUCAUCACCAAAGAAUGAAGAUGAUUUUGUUCCAGAACUAAUGUCGCCAGAAUCAAGCUCAUCAGUUUCUGACUCGAAUACAUUUAAUCAAGGUUUUAUUUCCCCUGAAACUUCCCCAAUUUCAUCCAACAAGUUUUCUUUAGACAUUAUUACUGGUGCUGAACAUGGUCCUUCUUCCCCUGUUAAGAUUGAACCUGAGUUGGAUUCAAACAAGUUUUUCACAGAUAACACUUUUAUUAAAAAGGAAGAACAAGAUUAUAUGCCUUUAGCUGAUGAUUUAUUUUCUGAAAAGUUGAGUUUCGAUGAUUUUCAAGUUAAUACUCUUGAUAAUGAUUAUGGAUUUGAUGAGUUGCGUAAUCCAGCAGUGAUUACCCAUAUAAAAGAUUUAUACCGUGUCCAAUUUAAGAUAUGUCAGUGGAUGUAUCUGAAUUGGACAUGGUUAUGA